UUUUCAAAUCUUUGAGCGAGCAGUUUACUCAUUGAAAGUUUCUUGAGAAAUAAAUAUUUAAAAACAUUAAUUAGAAGAAGUUCACUUUUAAAAAGAGUCAAAUUAAUUGAAUUAGAUCAUAAUAAAUUGAAAGCAAAUCAAGGAAAUAUCAAUAUGUUUUGGGGACUUAUCUUAAAAGCCAACAAAAAGUACACACAAAAAUUAGAAAAGCCUUUUCAUCUCUCACAGGCUGCUCUAGAUCAUUCUUCAUCCGAUGAUGAUCCUGUUCAAGUUAUGUAUUCACAUGAAAAUAGUAGCUACUUAUUGUGUACUUUACAGAAAGGCAAAAACAUCCAAUGUGCUUUAGAUUUGAAUUUUGCCGAGGGAGAUGAGCUCUGCUUUCUGACAAAAGGCAAUGGAAUUGUCCAUUUAACAGGAUUUUUAGUUCCUGAAGAAGAUUUUAAUUAUGGCGAAUAUGAUUCUGAGGAAGAAGAUGAGGAAUCAGAGAUUGAGACGCCAGAUUUGCGUGAAAAGUUAAACAAAAAUAAAGCCAUCGACAAAAAGGGAGGUAAGAAGAAACAGGAAAUAGAGGAAUCCAAUGAGGACGAUGAUGAUAGCGAUGAAAUCGAUGAUGACGAAGAAUUGGACGUUUCUGCAUUAAAUGAAGAAGACGACGAUGAUGACGACGAAAGUGCUGAUGAUGAAGAAGAAGAAGAGGACGAUGUUGAGAAUGAGUCUGAUGAAGAGGAAGAGGUAGCACCACCUAAACCAAAGCAGCAAAAAUUAGAACCAAGUGGAAAGGAUAAGAAGAAAGACAAAAAGCAACAAAAUGGAACAACAAAUGGCCAAGAGAAGAAAACUCAACAAAAAGAUGAAAAGAUUGGACAGGUUCGAAAGUUGCAAGGAGGUUUGGAAUGUCAGGAUUUAAAAAUUGGAGGUGGUGCAGAAGCUAAAGUUGGAAAGAAAAUUCAAGUUUAUUAUGAAGGACGCUUAAAGAACAAUAACAAAAUAUUUGAUGCUACAAAAUCGGGACAAGGAUUUAAAAUGACUUUAGGACGGGGAGAAGUAAUUAAAGGCUGGGAUAUCGGACUCAUUGGUAUGAAAGUAGGUGGAAAACGAAGACUUGUUUGCCCGCCUGCAUUUGCUUACGGUUCUAAAGGAAAUCCUCCUGUUAUUCCUCAAAAUUCGACGCUUGUUUUUGACAUUGAACUAAAGAAUGUUUUAUAAGUAGUUGAUUGGUAUCUAGAAUUUUAAAACUGAAAUCAACUACAAGAUUCAUCAUCCGUCAUUACAUGAUCCUUUUAUCUAUUUUUUUUUUCACAACCUGUUUGCAUUUAAGGAAAUAGUCGUCGUUUUGAAAUAUAAAUAAUUUUUUUUGCAAAUAUAAAAAAAGAUGCUAAGAAAUUUAACUUACAUACAUAUAGCCUACAUAAGAACUUCAGAAAUUAAAACUUUGAAUCCAUAAAAAUAAGUAAUUUACAGAGAUUUAUUUGAUAAUGAAGAACUAUGUAAUUUUUUAAAACCUAAGAAAGAAAAAAAAAUAAAUUAAUGCGUAAUGAUGUAAUUAAUACUUUAAAACGUUUAUCUUUUCUUAAUAAAGUUUUACGGUUCUGCAAUGAAUA